AUGGCAAAAACGGACUACGCAAUUUACGAGAGUCCCCUCCCCAAUCGUUCCAGGGCGGACCUGGCCAAAAGUCAUAGCGACAGCAACAUUAGCAGCUCUACGACUCUGAACAACAACGACAACAACAACGGGGGUGGUGGCUACAAGAAUCAAGUGGGAGACACUGCCGAGGAUAUCCUUGUCAUUGGAAUUGAUUUCGGCACUACAUGCUCCGGAGUCGCGUGGGCAACCGUGGCAGACUUUGCCGGCGAUGCAAUCAAAUUGGUUAGCUGGCCAUACAGCGACCAAGAAGAGGGCAAGGUGCCUACAGAGCUCCAUUACGAGAAUGGUAAAGUCAUGUGGGGGUACGAUAUCCCCUUAGAAGUAGAACCGGUUCGCUGGUUCAAGCUUCUCUUGGUGAAAGACGAAGAUCUGAGCGCAGAGUUGCGUGAGUCAGAGUCUCUGAUUCGCGCGCGCAAAUACCUUCGCCAGACUCGCAAGAGAGCAGUCGACCUCAUCGCCGACUAUCUUCGAGCUUUGUUUCAACACACUCUCCACACCAUCCAGAAAGCCCGCGGGGAGUCAGUUGUGGACGCCUUGCGCUUCCAUGUUGUCAUCACGGUCCCCGCAAUCUGGAAAGACUACGCUAGGCAAGGCAUGGGAGAGGCUGCGAGGUUAGCUGGUAUCAUGGACUUUCGUUCAGCUGGACAGACCAUCCUUACGUUCGCCCCUGAGCCUGAGGCAGCAGCUCUCUCAACGCUGUCUGAGCCCGGUAGAAACCCAAAGAAAGACGAAGUCUUCAUCAUCUGCGAUGCAGGCGGCGGAACGGUAGAUUUGAUUAGUUACGAGGUGACUAACAGCAAGCCUCUUGCCAUCGAAGAGGCUGUUGAGGGUACUGGUCGUUUAUGUGGUGGUAUAUUCAUCGACGAGGCUUUCGAGACGGCCUGUAGAGAUCGCAUUGUGAGACAGUGGUCUCAUCUUAGCCCCCACGGUAUCAAGGAGAUCAUGCAGAAAUGGGAAGUGGGAAUUAAGUCUCAAUUCAAUCCCGGCGAUCAGCACAAGGAGUACCCCAUUGGUAUUCCGGCUGAGGCUUUCAAAGGUUCUACGUCUAGUCUUACCGACUUAUCCAAGCAGCCGCUGAUCAGGAACGGGAGGAUUCAUUUCCAAGAGUCCCACAUUAAGAAAACAUUUGCAGACUCUUUCAAAGGAAUCGACGAACUUGUCGAUAAUCAACUCAGUAUGGCUCGCCGGCAAGGAUUGAAGGUGACAGGCAUCAUUCUGGUUGGGGGACUUGGUUCAAGCCCGUACUUGUACGAACAUCUCAAAGCGAAAUAUUCCGGGCCGACUACCUCUAUUCUACAAUCUGGCGGAACGAAACCCAAAACUGCAAUUUGUCGCGGUGCAGUCUACAAAGGCUUCCUAGAAGGCCAUGCUACCUUUGACGAAAAGGCGUUAGCAAAGAUCGAGACGCCCAUCAAGGUUACUUCCACGGUAUCUCGUUCAAGCUACGGGAUCAAAUACUCAAUCGUGUAUGACCCGAUGAAGCAUCGCCGCGAAGACAGGAUGUGGGAUGACCUAGAAAAGAAGUGGAUGGCCACAAAUCAAAUGAAAUGGUAUUUGCAAAGGGGGGACGUUGUCUCCAAGAAAGACCCAGUCCGAGAAAAGUAUUACGAGUUGUACAGAAGGAUGGGCGAUUUUGACGGAAAGCUCAACGUCACGCUGUGGACAUGCGAAGAAAACGAACCACCUGAACGGAAAGACUUUCGGGUAAACUCCCAGAGCAAUUUCCAGAUGAAGGUUGAAGCAAAAUUCUCAGAACUGCCAGAUUUCAAGACUGCAAGUGGCAUUGUGGUUAAGAAGCUAACCUAUGAGAUUGAAAUGAUUCCAUCGGGAGCAUCAUUGGACAUUGCGGUAUACAUGAAUGGCGAGAAGCUUGGGAGCCAAAACGCGAGCGUCCAAUUUGUAUGA